GGAGAGCCGAGUGGGGGAACCCCCUGCCCCCUCCAGAGGAGAGGAAGUAGUUCAGUCCCCAAGAUGGCGGCCACCAUGAAGAAAGCGGCAGCAGACGAUGUCAACGUUACCUUUGAGGAUCAACAGAAAAUCAACAAGUUUGCGAGAAACACCAGCAGAAUGACAGAACUGAAAGAAGAGAUAGAGGAUAAAAAGAAACAGCUUCAGAACUUGCAAGACGCAUGUGAUGACCUCAUGAUGCUUGACGACGAUUCACUACUGAUACCUUAUCAAAUUGGAGAUGUCUUCAUUAGCCACCCACAGGAAGAAACAGAAGAGAUGCUGGAAGAAGCAAAGAAAAACCUGCAGGAAGAAAUUGGCGCUUUGGAGUCACGAGUAGAAUCCAUCCAGAGAAUAUUAUCAGACCUCAAAGUCCAGCUUUAUGCAAAGUUUGGCAACAAUAUAAAUCUUGAGGCAGAUGAUAAUUAAAUGUUGUAGAAAUAGUAUUUUGUUUUGUUUUUUACUAAUUAUUCUGCUCUUGCAAUAAUGUUUUGAGAAGCCCCACAUAUUUGUUCGUUUUCAGAAAAAAUGCAUUCAUUUGUCUGUUUCAUGGAUUUAAAGACAGCAUUCUUAUUUUGCAAAUGUAUCAUUAUUUAUAUAUGUUAAGUGAAUAAAUCCAAAUUCCGCAGGUGCAUUAUUAAGGUUGGGUGCUUAAAGGCUUAUUGAAAUGAUAAUAAAAGUCAAACAAACUUA